CUGAGCAUAUUUUAGAUGUCUCAUGUUUGCUUUUUUUUUUUUGCUUUUUCCUUUUCUGCUUGUUCUCACAGUGAACAGAGUAUCUGUCAGGCAAGAGCUGCUGUGAUGGUUUAUGAUGAUGCCAACAAGAAGUGGGUUCCAGCUGGUGGCUCGACUGGGUUCAGCAGAGUCCACAUCUAUCACCACACCGGCAACAACACCUUCAGAGUGGUGGGCAGGAAGAUUCAGGACCAUCAGGUGGUGAUAAAUUGUGCCAUUCCCAAAGGGUUGAAGUACAAUCAAGCUACACAGACCUUCCACCAAUGGCGAGACGCUAGACAGGUGUAUGGUCUCAACUUUGGCAGCAAAGAGGAUGCCAAUGUCUUUGCAAGUGCCAUGAUGCAUGCCUUAGAAGUGUUGAAUUCACAGGAAACAGGGCCAACAUUGCCUAGACAAAAUUCACAACUUCCUGCCCAAGUUCAAAAUGGCCCAUCACAAGAAGAAUUGGAAAUUCAAAGGAGGCAACUUCAAGAGCAGCAGCGGCAGAAGGAGCUGGAGCGGGAAAGGCUGGAGAGAGAAAGGAUGGAGAGGGAGCGGCUGGAGAGGGAGAGGUCCGAGAGGGAGAGGCUGGAGAGAGAGCGCCAGGAGCAGGAGCAGCUGGAGAGAGAGAGACAGGAACGCGAGCGCGAGCGGCAGGACCGCCUGGAGCGGGAGAGGCAGGAGCGGGAGCGGCUGGAGAGACUGGACCGCGAGAGACAAGAGCGGGAGCGCCAGGAGCAGCUGGAAAGGGAACAGCUGGAAUGGGAACGCGAGCGGAGAAUACCAGCCACUGCUGCCCCUGCCUCUGUGGAGACUCCUCUAAACUCUGUGCUGGGAGACUCCUCUGCUUCUGAGCCAGGCUUGCAGGCAGCCCCUCAGCCGGCCGAGACGCCAGCCCCACCGGGCAUUGUCUUGGGACCACCUGCACCUCCACCCCCUCCUCCGCUCCCACCAGGUCCUGCCCAGGCUCCAGGGGCGCUCCCUCCUCCCCCAGGACCGCCCCCUCCUCCUCCACUUCCAGUUCCGAACCAGGUGCCCCCUCCUCCCCCACCUCCCGCUCCUCCUCUCCCUGCCUCUGGAUUUUUUAUGGGAUCCGUGUCCGAAGACAAUCGCCCGCUAACUGGACUGGCGGCUGCAAUUGCUGGAGCAAAACUUAGGAAGGUGUCACGGAUGGAGGACGCCUCGUUCCCAAGCGGGGGCAGUACCGUUGGUGUGAAUUCGGCCUCGUCCAAAGCAGACACGGGUCGUGGGAACGGACCCCUUCCUCUCGGGGGCAGUGGUUUAAUGGAAGAAAUGAGUGCCCUGCUGGCCAGGAGGAGGAGAAUUGCCGAAAAGGGGUCAACAAUAGAAGCAGAACAAAAAGAGGACAAAAGUGAGGACGCGGAGCCCGUCGUUUCUAAGGCCUCUUCCACAAGUACCCCUGAACCAACAAGAAAACCGUGGGAACGAACGAACACCAUGAAUGGCAGCAAGUCGCCUGUGAUUUCCAGACGGGAUUCUUCAAGGAAAAAUCAGAUUGUUUUUGACAGCAGGUCCUGUGACUCAUUACACAGACCCAAAUCCGCGCCCUCAUCGCAGCCCAGUGCCAACGGAGUCCAGGCCGAGGGACUAGACUACGACCGGCUGAAGCAGGACAUCUUAGAUGAAAUGAGAAAAGAACUAACCAAGCUAAAAGAGGAGCUCAUUGAUGCAAUCAGGCAGGAACUGAGCAAGGCCAACACCGCGUAGAGAAGCAAACUGCGGGGAGAGAGGACUUAAACCCGGAGGAGGAAAGACACAGCGACCAACAGCAACGGCGAACAACGGGCCCUCCUCCGUUUGUGAGCCGUGAGAAGGUGAUGGAGACGGUCCGAAGGGGGGGCGAGGGGGGAACCAACCUACUUUGAAAGCCUUCAGACACCGUUACUCCGGCGGCCAGCUGUUUCUCUCCCAGUUUGCUGCUUUACUCUGACCUUUUCAACGGGAUGGAAGAGCCGUGGAACGUUCCAGAAAACGCUAAAUAAGCCCGCCAGGCAAGAUCGCCCGCCGCGCAUUGAAAUAUUUUCCGGUCAAGAUCGGAUCUCACAUUUCCACAACCCAUGGCUUAAAAAUAAAGAGGAGCGAGGCUUACGGAGGUUUUUUUUUGCAGAGAGCGCUGAUGAAGAAUUCAGCAGGUCAUGCUAUUGUAUUGUACAUGUUUCUCUCAGGUUCGUCUUCCUAUCAUACUUAGUCCAUGAAUAUCGAGUGAGCCCCGUGUACGUUUCGAUCGUCCAAGGUGGGACAGAACGGAAUAGCUGUGUGCUUUCGAAGGGUGAUAUCUCUCAAGAAAGCGUCCCCAAAAAAACGACUUUGUCCGGCUGGAGGAGUUUCAGGAUGAUGGGAAGUCUCUCGAGUUAGCCUUCACGCAAUUUUGUAGAUUUAAAACAUAAAAUUCAUCCAGAAUUUAAGAGAUUUACAUGCCUUCCUAAAUUGUUACAAUGCUUUACCAAAUCGAUGACUCCGACAUCACACAAAGCAGUGGUCAAAUGUAAGACGAUAAUAUUGUAGAUUUUUCCUGUAGGUUUUUGACCUUUUGUAGACUUAUUGCAUGUGGACAUUUUUAUAAUGUAAUUACACAACCACCACAAAACGCGCUUUUUUAAAUCGCCAGACAGUAAUGCAUGUCACCGUUACUACGUAGUGGCCUUUUCAAGGCCUGGUCCCAGGGAGAAAAAAAAACAUUUUGUAGCAUCGAGGGGAGUGGGAGGGAGGGAAGGAAUAAUUUUUUUAUUUCAAGUUCAUCUCUGCACUAUCUUUUUUUUCUCGAUUACCUGCAUGAAAAAACACGGUGAGGACUCUCUCAUGACUUUCAUUGGUUAGUAUGUACCAGAACCAAGUACGCAAUCCUCUCCGUCACGUGUUCAGCGAUGUAUCUCUGGGCUUCGGGCGUUUCCAGGGUCUGACACACGAUUCUGCAGGUACUACACGCUCCCGACCGCAGAGCUGCUUUCGGGGUUUUGUGAUGUUGAAUGACGAGCGGUGACCAUGGCGGCAGCAGUUAAGGUCACGGAAAGCGUUGGGUGAGGGGCAGCCCCUGAGGAGUUGGGCAUAAUUUUCUUUUAAUACAUAAAGUGAGACUCGGGCGGUGGGAACGAGGAAUUAGUUCCUCUGCCUCCCAACUGUGCGUGCGCGUGUGUGUGAGUGCGGGCACACGCGUGUGGAUGUAACCCACUCCCCCCCCCCCCUUUUUUUUUUUUUGACAUUUUGUAAGAUUAAAAUAGGGCAGAAAUCCUGUCUGUUGCAAUGAUAGAUUUUUUUUUUUUUUUCACAUUUAGGAAAUCAAAAAUCCUCUAGGCUCUCCACCUUGAUUCAUGCUUGAGUUGUUAUGUGCCAUAUUUGCUCUGACGUCUUUGGUGAUCACUAAAAUGUUGAAGGAAUGAUCCACCCGCUUUCUAGAUUUCGUGCAUCUCAGUCCGUAAGACGGGGCUUGUCCAUAGCGUAGCUGGCUGGAUGCUGCCGGUUUGCACCGUUGUCACGGCUUGAAUGAGGUUUGAAUGAGGGAUAUUUUUUUUUUCUUUCCUUAUUACAGUAGUUCUGUUUCUGUACAAACUUCCUUUUUAGGUGGAUCUGUGUUAGAUGAGCUACCGUAGUUCAAGCGCACAGUUCUCUUACUCUGUCCGCCCUUCAUUGUCAUGCAUUCGUAGUAAAGACAUUAAGGAUGCCACAAGCUUACAAAGUACUGUUUUCUUAAAGGAAUAGGAGGCAUUUUCAUCUUUAUUAUUGUACUUUUCGGUUAUGUAAACACCCGUGAUCUGAACGUUUAUGUCCCCUAUAAAUCUGGUCGGAAGUAACUUUGGGUUUUGUUGGUUUAAGUUAAAUAGUCUACGCUAGGGUAGAGGACUGUGGGGUACGAAUGGUCCAGAGGAAGAUGAAAGACGACAAUAAAAUGCUAGAUCUGACAAGGGAACUGGUUGAUGCACUAAACGUUUUGUGCCUUGGUCUCACGUUAACACGAUGUCCGUGUCAAGCGACAGAAAGAACCAGUGUCGAACCACCAUGUUCUGCUUCCCGUCACGCCGCCUCCUCCCAGGUGGCUACGCGUGUCCUCUCCAAGGAGCUCGAUGGCAUCCCUGUCCCCGUCUGCUGUCACGCGUGUGAGCACGUGUGCGAGGGAUGUCAGCGAUGACCGCGGGAAGCAGCAGCCGGGGUUCUGCGCCUGCCCCACACGCCGUGGGAACCACGCUACCCCCGAAGGUUCUUCGUGCUCCUGCACGUUGGAUGUCUUAAGCAGUUUAGGGGGUCCUUUCUCACGGCAGGAGGGCGCCUCCUUUCCUCAACACUGUGACCUGAUCCGUGCACACCUGUACUCCACACCCCGUGGACGGCGGACACGUCAGCUGCACACCCACUGAAUGUACACCCCUUAGCGCUGGUGCUGAACUCUCCGCAGAACCGUCAUCCUGGUUUCCAAGUGCGUUUUGAAAAUUUCGCCAGCAUCCCGCGUCCAUCGCAACUGAAGGCGACACACGAAGGGAUGUCGACGUCCCCCGCUUUCCGGCGUCCUUCCUGCCUCGCGUCCAGGUUCUCCGCCGUUUUUUGAUCGUUGCUGUUUUCAUUUACGUUUUCCUACACGCUAACUUCGAUUGUGCGAUUGAAAUAAAGUUGCAGUCUAUA